AUAAGGAACUGUGAUGUGCGGUAUAUAAACUUGCCUUGCAUUGGCUCGUAUUUCUGAAGUACUGCCAAACCACAGGUGAACAGGAAAUCGAUGUGUCUGCCGCGCUGCACCCUCAAAGAAACCAGCUUCCCUCAACGGCGACCAUGGAGGGUCAAGGAAAGGAUAAUCAUGGCUAUGAAGGUAGUGAAUUAGACCUGACAAGUCGAAAUCAGCAAAAUGCAGAGGGAACAAAUGAGGAUCCUGAAGAAGUAAAUGGAGACCUCAAAUAUUGUUCCCCUGAUGGAGAUGAACCUUCACCUGCUGUCGAUAGUUCCACUAAUAGUGAUGAAGAAAAAUCAUUGCCUGGCAGUACCGUUCAACGCGACCAAUGGGGCAAAGACAUAGAAUUCCUGAUGUCAUGUAUCGCCAUGUCCGUGGGCUUGGGAAAUAUCUGGCGCUUCCCAUUCGUCGCCUACGAAAAUGGUGGUGGAGCUUUUCUAAUUCCCUACAUAAUAGUCCUUUUCUUGAUUGGAAGGCCAAUGUACUACUUAGAAAUGGUCGUUGGACAGUUCUCGAAUUACGGAUCAAUCAAAUUGUGGAGAUUAUGUCCAGCAUUCAGAGGCGUUGGUGUUGGACAGCUCUUCGCGAACCUGAUGGUGCUGUGCUACUACUGCUCUCUAAUGGCGCUUACCACUUUCUACUUCGUGAUGUCUUUCAAUUCCGAGUUGCCGUGGUCGCGGUGUCGUCCGGAGUGGGGAGAUACCUGCUUCGACUCUGUAAAAGGCUCAGGCAACAACACAGUGAAUGUAACAGGGAAGAGAAGUUCGUCUGAACUAUACUUUCUGAAGUUCGUGCUCAACGAACCUGAAACCCUGGAAGAAGGUAUUGGAGUUCCGGACUGGCGCCUCGUACUUGGGUCUCUCUUCUCUUGGUCCACGGUGGCACUAGUUGUGCUUCGGGGUGUGAAGAGUUCAGGAAAGGCGUCCUACUUCCUGGCUCUCUUCCCGUACGUGAUACUGAUCACGCUGCUUGUAAGGGGCGCGACCCUGGAGGGCGCUGUUGACGGAAUACUGUUCUUCAUCACGCCACAGUGGGAGCAGCUGGCAAAUCCAAAUGUUUGGUACGCUGCUGUGACGCAGUGUUUUUUCUCACUUUCCAUGUCAUUCGGUACACUGGUGAUGCUAGCGUCAUACAACAACUUCAAGCAUAAUAUAUACAGGGAUGCUAUGAUAGUGACGCUGCUGGAUACGUUCACCAGCCUACUGGCUGGUUUCACUAUCUUCUCCAUCCUAGGAAAUCUUGCAUAUGAAAUGGGUGUUGACGACAUUUCUGGAGUUGUAAGAAGCGGAACUGGCUUAGCAUUUAUUUCAUAUCCUGAUGCAAUAGCUAAAUUUGAUGCAGUUCCUCAGCUGUUUGCCGUUCUAUUCUUUUUUAUGUUGUUUGUGCUGGGAAUUGGAUCUGUCGCAUCAAUGGCGAACUGCAUUAUCACAAUUAUCUGUGAUCAGGUCCCGUCCCUAAAGUACUGGGCAGUUGCCAUCACAUUAGCAGUUGUCGGCUUCUUGAUUGGAUUGGUUUAUAUCACACCCGGUGGACAAUGGAUUCUAAAUCUGGUUGACCAUUACGGAGUGACGUUAGUGGUGUACGUUCUCGCAACGAUGGAACUUGUAGCCAUUUGUUGGAUUUAUGGAGUUGACAGAAUUUGUCAGGACAUCUAUUUUAUGCUUGGAAGGAAGACCGGAAUUUACUGGAGGCUUUGUUGGGGAUUCAUUACUCCAAUCUUCCUGAUGGUUGUGCUAAUAUAUUCUUUAGUCACAAACACGUUAACUACCUAUGGAGGCAAAUUGUAUCCUGAUAGUGCUUAUGCGGCUGGUUGGGUUUUGUUUGCAUUCGGUGUUGUCCAGUUUCCCUUGUGGAUGGCACUGAGAAUUUUCAAGAAAAGAAAUAUUUCGUUCAGAAAGCAUUUACUGAAAUCGUUCAGACCUUCCAAGAAGUGGGGCCCGAGGGACAGAACACACAAAGAAGAAUGGAAUAAGCUGAUGGACAACUGGAAAAUGGAGAAUGCGAAUAGUACAGAUAAUGUUCUCAAGAAAUUCUCAAGAAAAUUGUUUAAUUUAUAUUCUCAUUCGUAAUUUUGUACAUAAAUACUCACGAACUCGAAACAUGUUUCUGUGAAACAAGUUUCUUAUUGUCAACGUAUCACUAAAUGAAUGUGUAAAAGGGAAGAUUUACGAAUACCAACUCCAGAAGCAGAAUAAUUAACCAAUCCUUAAUUUCUGGUGCAAUAUCUCUGCUGUCAUUCAUUGGAUUUCUGAAUGCUCCAUGGAUGAAAAUGUGAGUUUCUUUCAUCUGAUGCGAGUAAAUAAAUAUAAAUUGUAUGAAGACUGACAAUUAGAUUCUCUUUGAAGUUCAUUGAGUAAAAUUAUUCGUUAACGGUCUUUGAAAGAUAAAACAUUUUAAUGUUAUCUUUUGUAUUUUGAUUAGGUGCUCCUUUGCACUGAAACGUAGAUGUUAAUAAUUAUCCUUGCAAGUAUUUUAUAAUUUCAUAUCAGGAACAUAAUGUAGUUCCAUACUGUCAAUAAGGUAGCCAAUAUAAUAAAGUAACUCACGAAUAUUU